AUGCACGAAUACGCGCAAAAUGCUAUGACCUACGGGCGCCAAUACGGUCGAAAAGAUUUAUUUAUUACUUUCACGUACAACCCUAAAUGGAUCGAAAUAACAAAUCAGUUAUUACACAGUCAGUCAUCCAGCGAUCGUCACGACAUAACAGCAAGAGUGUUCAACCAGAAACUCAAAGCGCUCAUGGACUUCAUUGUAAGAUGCCAUGUCUUCGGAGACGUACGAUGUUGGAUGUACUAUGCAGAAUGGCAGAAGAGAGGACUACCUCAUGCGCAUAUUCUCCUGUGGAUGGUCGAAAAAAUAAGACCAGAUGAAAUAGACUUAAUCAUUUGUGCAGAAAUUCCUGAUCCCGAAGUAGAUGGACCGUGUGGCGAACACAACCAUGAAUCACCGUGUAUGAUCGACAACAAAUGCUCGAAACGUUAUCCGCGUGCUUUAUGGGCAGAUACAAUUACAGGCAAUGAUGGUUACCCUCUGUAUCGUCGCCGCUCUGUAGAAGAUAACGCCAGAACAAUAACGUUGUAA